GAAGCCGACUUUUUGGCAUUGUCGGCGUGGUGUUCUACUUUUGUUUUAUGUUUUAUGUUUUUUUUUUUUCUUAUUUUAAUAUUGCUAGAAAUGUUUUAAAAAAACGUGAACUGUUGUAUUGUAAUCCAAAUACUCUAUAAAUAAAACAAAGCUCCUAUCUACUGUUUAUUUGGUUUGAUUUCUUGUUUGAAUCCGUGUCUGAAACAAUUGCUACAGCUACGUGGGAUUUUUUUCUUGUCUUCAAUACGAUGAUUGGUCACUCUGAUUGACUCUCUAGUUCCGAAUUCUCUCUCGCUGGCUUCGUGGCUUCCUCACAGGAUCAGGUCAGUCAAGUAUUUGCUUUAAAACCUUUUCUUUUACUCCCUUUUCUCUCGGUUGCAAUCAAUAAUUCUAACUGUGAUUACUUUAAUUUGAUAUUUUUCUUUCUCUUCUUCUUAUUUCGCAGAGAUUUUUGCUGUGAAUGCUUUAUUGUUUUUUAAUUUCUGAUCCUGGCUAUAUGCUAGAUAUUGAUCUUGUAAACGAAUUCAUUUGGUUUGUUAUUAUAUACCCCUUUAGCUUCUAAACUUUGAUUCUAUUUUUGCUUAAAGUAUUAAUGGCAAUUUGACCCCCCCAAUUACCAGGUCUUCAAAAACUGGUGUUUUGUUUUGUUGAAAUGUUGGCCUGUUUCCUAAGUUUAUCUUGCAAGCCGCUAACCUUUACUUGUUCAUUCAUUGAAAUGAUCCAGUAUUGAAUUUUGCUUUGGAUUAUCAAACAUUUUGGCUCGGAGCUUGUUCUAUUUCAGUCAAUCGAUACUGGGAUCACUUACUCUUGCUGGAGUAUGGCUACCAGUGGGACAUCAUCUGUCAAAUCGCAGAAAAAAUGCCAGAGAGUCAAGUCUGCUUUGGAAUCUGCUGUUCUUGAAUGGUUAUUGAUUUGUAUGCUCUUCAUUGAUGCUAUAUUAUCAUACUUGAUCACAAAAUUUGCUUGUUACUACGAACUGCAAACGCCGUGCCUGCUAUGCUCAAGACUUGAUCAUAUUUUAGGCAAUAAAAAGUUGAAGUAUUAUUGGGAUUUGAUCUGUGGCGAACAUAAGUUAGAGAUCUCAACCUUAGUUCUUUGUCAUGCUCAUGGUAAACUUGUUGACGUUCAUGGGAUGUGCGAAACAUGCCUCUUCUCUUUUGCCACAAUCAACAAGUCUAAUGCUGAAACAUACAGAUUAUUGGUGGGUAAGCUGGGGGAGGGUUCUAGCUUUGGCUUAAAUGAGGACCCAUUGCUUGAGAAUCAUACUUCAAGUCCAAGGCACUGCUCUUGUUGCAACGAGCCAUGGAUUCCAAAAGGGUACAGCGAAAAGUUGAUGCAGACCAAAAUUGUUGGUUCUGAGAGUGCUGAUUUUGAUGGCCUUUUAUCAGGUGAUGUUGAAUAUGAGCAGGACAACCUGAAGAAUAUUGAACAAUCUUUGUCAGGUGGAGCUACCCAUCAAAGAAUAAAUAGUGGGCCUGAUCAUUUAUCUCAUAUAGGUUAUGCAGAGCUCAAUAUCAAUUCUGAUAAUGAAUCUGAAGUUAUGUUUUCUGAUGACGACAACGACUCAAAUGCUCGAAAUUGUGAAAUUAGUCCCAGUGAAGAUAUUGCAGUAGUGCAGAAUGAGCCUCGCAUCAUUACUCUAGCUGAUGAUUUAGCCUCAGAAAAAUUGAUAGAUGCGGUUACUGCACCUCAGAUUCCAAUUUCAAUCUCACUUGGACAGCCAGAUCUUGUCCAUUAUCCAGAAGUGACUUCUGUGUCACCUACAGUUGCCAUGGGGCAUUGUUUUGCAGAAUUUGAUAGGCUACAAGCUGAGGUCAAGUCUGAUCCCUCUGUAUUCCCUGAGCUGAUUUCCACUGAUGAAGUUCCUCCAUCAAAAAUUGCUUCCAAAGGAAGUCCUGUUGAAGUAUCAGGAGAGAGCAAGCGUAGUUUCCUAGCCGAUGUUCCUCAAUCAUUGAAUGCCAAAGAAAUGCUUGUGGAUGCAUCAACCGAGAGUACACUUAUUUCAGUAGAGGAUGUUCAUUCAUCAUCAGUUGCCAGAGAAACUCCACUGGAAGCAUCAGAAAAGAGCAAGCUUAUUUUUGCAGAUGAUGUUCAUCAAUCAUCAGAAAACAAAUAUACCCCAGCUCACGGAACAAAUAGCAAGCCUGUUUCUGUUGUUGAUGUCCUUCCGUUAUCAAGUGCAGUGGAAACUCCUGUUCAAGGAUUGGAAGAGAAUUGUAUUGCUAGAACUGAGGAAAUUUGGCAAACAGCUGCGACUGAUUGUGAAGAGAUCUGCAAGACAAGAACUAUAUCUGCUACAAUGAUUGAAACAGCUGCAGAAACAAACCCUGUCUCAAGCGACAGUGGUCCACAAAUGCCCAACUUAUUGGACCUUAGUGAUGCUUAUAAGCUAGCAAUUGGCAGUAGGGGGAGGCAGUUGUCUGAUGCGCUUGCAGAACAAUGGAUUGGGAAGGAUUCUUCAAGGCUCGGUGAUGAUUUGAAGCUCAUAUUGUCACAAUUAUCUGCUGCUCGAGAGCAUUCAUUAAAUGACACAAGUCCUAGAGUGCCUAUGAGCCCAGGAGUCUCUAUGAGUCCCAAAUUGUCCUUAAAUUGUGAUGAACUGAAGAAUCUUGACGCUUCUAGUGUCAUAGGAAUGCAAAUACUUCAAAGGAGAAUCUCACUUGAGAGAAACGAGUCUCUUCUAUCUCUGGAUGGAAGUAUGGUCAGCGAAAUUGAAGGUGAAAGUGUGGUUGAUAGAUUGAAACGGCAGAUUGAGCAUGACAAAAAAUUGCUGAGUGCUUUAUACAAGGAAUUGGAAGAAGAAAGAAAUGCAUCUGCAAUUGCAGCAAAUCAAACAAUGGCCAUGAUUACUAGACUGCAAGAAGAGAAGGCAGCAUUCCAAAUGGAAGCCUUGCAGUACUUGAGAAUGAUGGAAGAGCAAGCUGAGUAUGAUAUGGAACUCCUGGUAGAGAAGGAGAAAGAGCUUAAAGAUCUGGAAGCAGAGCUUGAAUUUUAUAGGAACAAUCUCCCAAGUGAAUCAUUAUUGAAGGACACCAAGGAGCAUAUUUCUGAAAUGAAGACAAAAGAUAUCAAGGAGGAGCACUCAGAAGUUAGUUCCAUUGAAGUAACUGCAAGUACACCGACUGAAAAGCCAGAUAUCCGCAGCAAUGUUGAAGGAAGAGAUAUGGCUUGUGGGGAUAAAACUACUGGUACUGUGAAAAGUUCAUGAUGCCUGUGAGGAAAAGAGAUACUUUGAUGCUCCACUGUAGAAAGCCACCCGGUAAUGAAGACUGACAUCAAAUAUGUAAAGUUUCCUCUUUUUCUUUAAUUUAUUUAUUUUUCAUUGCUUUGAUUAGGAAUAUAUUGUAUAAGAGCUGAUUUUUCGUGUAAAGGUGAGUAUUUGGACAAUAAAGAGGGAAAAAUAUUUGUAUAUCAGUUCAAUGAAAGAUUUAAUUUGUAAUAGAAUUUAAAUUUUCAUAUUUAUUUAAUUUGUAAUAAAAUUUCUCCUCUAUUACCCUCUUUCCGUCCA